UUUCGAACUGUUGUCAUGUGGUUCAUUCUAUUUAUAGAAAAGAGCUCUUGCCAGAACACAAACACAGCAAUCCAAAAUACCAGCAGAACACAGACUAGCUUACUCAAGUGAAACAUUUAAUAGGUACGCAACAAGGAACAGGAUCACACAAUGAUAAACACAUACUACAUGUUUGGGCGCCAUCAGAGAAACAGAAUCUGAAUCGCUUUUGUUUACUAAAGCAAACAUAGUUCUAAACAAUGAGUGGCGGACCACCCAGUCGUGAGUCGAUUCCACAAGCCUGCAGGCCCGAUCAUGCUGUAACAUCUCAGUUUGUCGGGAGUCUUAAGUGUUCACUGGCCUCUGGAGAUGAGAAAGCUGUAACAGAGCUGCUCAGAACACAAAUCAGACACGUUGACGCCAUCAUUGAGCUGAACAACGAUGACUGGAUGAAGGAGCCAUCUGCAAGGAUCCCACCACACGUUCUCCUGGGAGACUUAAGCCUCAUCCAGCUCCUGGGGGCCAGGCAAGCGGACCGUGUGUUUGAGGUCAGGGAAAGGGAAAUGUGUUAUCAGACACAGACCCCAGCAAGGUUUGGCCUGACAGGUCUGUGGACCCUUGAAUAUACACAAGAACUCACCACCCCUCUGUGCAUCACCUGUGCCCAUGGCUACACAGAGUGUGCCCGCUACCUCUUACAUCGGCGCGCUGAUGCAAAUGCAGCACCAGGAGGGCGCUCUCCUUUGCACGAAGCAUGUAUUGGUGGACAUGGGGAUUGUGUCCAACUCCUACUAGAAUAUGGAGCCAAUGCGAACAAAAAGAGUGAAGAUGGACUGAGUCCGCUGCAUUACUGCAACACCAACGGCUCAUUACGGUGUGCUGAGUUGCUGUUACAACAUGGAGCCAUUGUAAACCAGGUCACGGAAGACACACAGGACACCCCCCUUCAUGUUGCUGCUCAACUUGGCCUUCUAUCCCAUGCUGAGCUCUAUCUUGUUCGGGGUGCGAUGAUCGACUUGAAGAACCAAGAGGGUGAAACUCCACUAAGCGCAGCCUGUCGGGGAAAAGGGGGAGAUGAGGACAGCUACUUGGAGAUCUGCCGUCUUCUUUUAAAAAGGGGAGCUGACCCAGACACCCAAGACCAGCAAGAAAGGAGACCCCUACACCAUGCCUGCAGGGAGGGCAAACACAAGCUGGUAGAACUACUUCUAGCUGCUAAUGUAGACGUGAACGCUACAGAUUAUAGCGGCGUUUUACCUCUGAGCUGUGCACUGCAAAGCGCUGAGCUACACUGUGAUAAGAAGCCUCAGAUUAUUGUGCGUUCCCUACUCAACCAUGGAGCACGCUGUGUCUGUCCAGAGGCUUUUGGAAAGGUUCUGCGGUACUGUUCUGGACUUCCGGAAAUCAUCGCCCUGCUGUACAAUUCAUACAUCAGCCUACAGGUCUGCAGCAAAUGGAAGCAGGAGAUCUCAGAGGAAGUGAUCCAAACUCAUCAAUACUUCUAUACAAGAUUCUUCAGCCUCUCUGGCUCCAUUCGUUCUCUCCAGCACUUGUGCCGUUUUGCUCUCCGUAGACAUUUUGGCAGCCGUUGUCAUCGCCUUAUUCCCCUUUUACCAAUCCCCAAACCGAUACAGGACUACCUGCUACUGAUCAAUGAAGGGAGUCUGCUCUGAGAGGCAACGAGGCCCAUAGUGCACCACAUAUUGUAUCUGAGUUAGGGGCACUGUAAGCAGUUUGUGGCUAGUGUUUGUAACCUGUGGACUGAGAUGUCUGAGGCUUUUUUGCUACUGUACCUAUUGUUUCAUGUUUUUAUGCAUAGAAAUUAAAUUGUUUUAUAUACUCUCUAUAGAAGAACAUCAA